GCUGAGCUGAAUCUAUCAUGAAUCGAUCUGAAGUUUUAACGUCAUCUGAGGUGUCAGAAGCAUCAACAUCGCAUAAAGUAGAACCUAGAGCUCGACUGAACAAAGCAGGUGACAGACGGGGUCUUCAUAACAAUCACUACGCCCUGCCGAAAAUCAGUGAAGAUGAAGAACAAAAGUUCACCGAUCAGGAUCUAGACCAUAGUCUGCGAACUAAAAAGUUCAAAUUCAAUUUGCAAGGUUACAAUGUGAGAAAUUUUAUACAUGCUGUUAUUAAAAGUCCCUUGGUUCAAGAUUUGUUAACUGAAGAGUUUUUGGCUGGAAAAGAAUCAUCCGAAUCAAUGAUUCCAAAGUCAGAGAAGACCGAGUUAGGCGAUGGGGAGCCUGAAGCAAAGGCGAUUCUGACACGAUCACAAAAGCGCAAACUACCUAAGGAAGCUACAGAUACAGAUCCGUUUUUGGCUUUACUGCAGGAGAAAUUUCCUGCGAAGCGUGAAAAGAUUUCAGUCGAGGACCAGAUGUUUCCAUUUGGCGAAGAAUUGGAAGACACAGACGAUGAUGACGAUUAUUUUCCUCCGGAGUACGAAUUACCAGAAGCGUCUGAGCUUUUCGCUGACUUGGGUUGCAAAGACCAGUCGAAUGUCGAAACAGCGGAAAACAUUGCUUCGAGAACGAGAAAACGUCUAAACCUGGAACUAGAAAGCAUCAACAAAUUCGAGCUCCCCAUGACGUUCGAUGAACUUGAAAUGGGUUGCACUUCUAACGGUGGAUGUUUGUCCAAUUUUAAUCAGGUUGAAACGUCAUCUUGUAAUGAUCUGAGUUUUUCGGCGCCGACUCCUUCUAGUUGUGCGGACGAAGACGACGUAACAUGGAGACAGUGGCUACAAGGACUGCUAUCAGAAGGUGAAGUGGAACACAUGCCUCAAGAGUCGGACAACGAUUCAGAUCCAGACUUCGACUACAAUCUUUGUGUCUAUAAAUCUGCAUGGAAAGAAGAUGAACUAGAAAAGGUUAAACGGCAGUUCGAGAUUCCGCAAGAAGAAAAAGAGUUUUUGGUCCAAGAAGCUUUGAAUUAUUUGGGAAUCACGAAAAAAGUAGACGUUCCUUCGAUAUGCCGAACUCUAGUAUUGCCAAAAAUAACGUAUUCGAAUUCGGUUAAGACGAGAAAAAGAAAGUAUGAUGAUAGUUUGACCUUGGAAUUGUUGCAGAGCACUUUGAAGCAACAAAUGCAGAUGUUUGUUCAGUUGUUAACUCAAAAUUUUCUACUUUGUUACACGUUGAAAAAUUGGAAGCAUGUCUCAAAUGCAAGUAGACAGAUUGUGUUAGAUCUGAAAAGGUGCAAAAAAGACGUUUUCGGACAUAUUUCAGUAAUAAAUUUGGAGUUGGCAUCCAAAGUUGUAAGUUUUCCUUUCAAUUACGAAAUUCAGUCGAGAGUUGGAAAACUUCCAAAUCAGCUUCUUCGUAUUAUUGUACACUCUGAAGUCUUCAUGUACAGGGAGUUAUUACCAUACUGUUUCUUCAGACCUAAGAGGUUUAGUCCUUGUGAAGAGAAGGGCAACACUUGGCUCGACCCUGAAGAUUGUGCCAUUGCUUUAGGCAUGUCAGAUUUUGCUAUGAUUGAGUCCGCGAAAACGGGUCGCAUGCUGUUCUCAGUAAGAACUGUUGCCGACCUCAUAUGCCAUCAUCUGUUACCAACCAGAAAUCCACAGCGAAUUUUACGGCGUUACUAUUUUUUACGCGAGAGUGAUAUUCCUAAUCCAGUCAAGUACCUAGAAAAAUACAAAGAGUUACCUGUAUUGCCUACAGAUGUUGCGUGGAUAUGUGAUGAAGAAGUUAAACCUCCUUAUAAAAUGCAGGUUGCUCAUGCAGAAUGGCCCUUGCCGAUGUGGAUGCAAAUUUUGAAACACAUUGACGAAGAUAAAGGAAUGAGUUUCGUAGAAAGCAUUCAGAAAACAUUAGUAGACUUUUCAGACCAGCUGCGAGCAAAAUUCGAAUCAACACAAGCUUCUAAUAGUAGUUGUGGAAUAAACGUGGAAUUAAUUUUGGGAGAAGACAAUAAUGAAACUUCGCAAGUUGACAGCGACAAUGAAAUGUCUGACGACAAUCCAGAAAAUAGUCACUCAAUUUCGGCUGUUAAUCAAGAAACUCUGAAGUAUCCUCAAGAAAAAUCACGAAACGAAGAAGACGAGCGUCCAAAUGUAGUUCUGCCCACAUUUUCGAGCUCACCCAAAAAGUUCCGGAAGAGUCCAGCCAAAGUGAUCAGCGAUAAAUUGGUCCGAAAAGCUAUGAAAACUUCAAUUGGAUGUUCGCCUAAAAAGAUUAUCAAGAUGAGUUCACCUACAAAAUCAACUAAAAACUUUCCAGAUAUUGUCAAAACGUCAUCAGAUGCCAAAGGUCAAAUAGCAGCAAAUAGGUUAUCGAAUUUUAGCAACAAUUUUGGAUCUUCGAAUGAUACCAAUGUACAAAAGCGAGUGAUUAGACGUCGAAAAAACUGGCAACAGAGCAAGAAGAACUACUCGUCAAUGGUUUCAUUUACGAAGCAAAGUUUCAACCCAGAACCGACACCAGAAUUGGAAAGCAGAAUUCAAAGCAUGCGAGAGGAAAUUUUGCUGAACAUGCUCAAUGGCCUUGGUCAAGAAAAAUACGAAACAUUUCUCACAUUACUAUCACAGUUGAACUUAAACGACGAAAGUUCACAUGAAAAAGUUCGUGAAAUCAGCUUGAUUUUCGAAGAAUAUCCGAAACUUUAUAGAGAAAUUGCCAAACUGGUGAACGUUGAAAUAUCAUUACUUCUUGGAUUAUAUUUUGAGUUCCGCGCUUUUGAAAGAGCAAAACUGUUUUUGCAGAAAGUUGAAAUGUGUUCAAGUGAUAGUCCGAAGUUGUUCAACGUUAUUUUGGAUACUUUUGCGUCAAGUUCGAUGGACGAAACUUCAAUUUGGAACAAUGUCACGCCCUUACUUGAGUUUAACCCGCUUCUUAUUGACGAAUUUAGUUUGUUUUUCAAAGACCAACCAAUUCCUGAUUUAUUACGAGGACCGUUUGAAGAAAUUAUUGUCACUGAGAGCAGUGAUUCAAAAUCGGACUUAAUUUCUUCUUCAACCGUAUCGAGCAAAGAAAAACCGGCGGACCCUGUUUUUGAAGAAUUUGUUCUGUUGGACGAUGAUGACGAGGCUAUGGUCCGAGAGCGAGCUGCGCGAAAAGUUGAGAAACGCUCGAACCGAAAUAGUUCGGCUCAAAACGCUUUCUUGUCCAACUGUAUUGUGAGGGAUUUAAUGUGUGCCAAAAUGGAACAACUAACGACGGGUAAAGUUGAGGUGGCUGCAGUUUCAGCCAAGAAAAUGAAGAGACCUGCAACGCCACAUACAGCUGCUAUUUCUGUCCCGUCUCAGACGUGAUUACACAGUGAACGAAAACAAUAUUUGAUGCUCUGUUUGUUUUUGUUAUUUACUAUUUAGACAACUCGUGCAUUAAAGCAUCGAUUGUCUUUUGUCUCUUGUAAUUUUUCUUUUGGUUAUCCCAAGGAAAUAAAUUGUAGAUUAGCAAAACAGCUUAUUUUGCAUUUAAACAGUUCGUUUAUGCGGAGAUUUUCUCAGUAUGUGGGACUGAUUUGGAUGCUCUACAGCUCGAAAAGUGAUGCUCUAAAAGUGGAAGGGAAUAACGAGUAAUUGAAGAGAUCCGAAAAUUGUUCACAUGGUUCAUAUAAAAAGUGUUACAUGUCUUCAGAUCC